AAUUAAAGGAUCAACCAAAAAUCCCCUCAAAUCUUCUCUCUCUCUCUCUCUCAUAUCUACAUAUACAUCAAUAUAUUUCUCAUAAUCUCUCUCCAUAUAGUUAUAUCACACACUAUCUCUCUUUCUACUCCUUUUCCCCUCUGUUACAUUCAUCGAUCCAGUGGCAAACCAGAAGAAACAAUCAUCAAUUCUUUAUCUACAUUGAUAAUUAGUAUGGGUUUGAAAUCUUUCUUCAAUCGCAAGAAGAAACAACGAACCCCAAUCACAGAUUCAUGCGACCCAACAGCACCCACAACAUCUAGAUCAUCGUCUCUCAAAUCACGUGCCCAGAUCGAGGAAGAGCUGGAGCAAGUCUUCAAGAAAUUCGACGUCAAUGGCGACGGAAAGAUCUCCUGCGCUGAGCUCGGUUCCAUAUUGGCCAGUCUCGGCUACCCUGCCACCGAAGAAGAGCUCCGGAGCCUCAUCAAAGAGGUCGACGCCGACGGCGAUGGAUUCAUCGAUUUGCAAGAGUUCAUCGCCAUGAACACCAAAGGUAUCGAGUCCGACGAGGUGAUGGAGUGUUUGAAAGACGCUUUCGCGGUGUUUGACGUCGAUAAGAAUGGGAUGAUAUCGCCGGAGGAGUUGCAGAGCGUUUUGGUAAGCCUCGGGGAAGAAUGCUCGAUGCCGGAGUGCGAGAAGAUGAUCAGUGGGGUGGAUUGUAAUGGUGAUGGGUUGAUCAGUUUCGAGGAGUUUAAGGUUAUGAUGAUGAGGGGCUUGCGUUUUGAUGCAGUUGAAUCACAAUGACAAAUGGUGAAGAUUGACUGAUUACAUUGUUUUUCGUUACUAAUUUUACUCUUUUGGGCUUUGAUGUACAAGGAAUAAUUUUAGUUUGAAUUUGGAAGUUUUGUAGAUGGUUUUCUAGAAUUUGAUUGCGAAUGCAGAGAUUUAGAUAUGAUAAGACAUCUGAUUUCAUAUGAUAAGUAAUUUGGUUUGUCAGUGUCUGAAUAAUCAGUGGACUAUGUUUACCCAUUGUGGAUCUUCAAAAUUUGGAUAUUGUAUGGCUGCUAUUAUUUCUCAUUUUACUGAGCAAAAGAGGA